AUGGACAAUUUGGCCGUAGAAUACUUCCAUUGGUCCGGUCAUGUGAAAGAGAUCUUAAUGCGGGGCAAUGUCAGAGCUAUCAAGGAUUUAGACAUGAAUUCGAUUGAUCCUCAAGCGAACAAGGCUAUAUUUUGCAUUUGCGAAACUUUAACUGGUACAAACAUGGAUAAAGUUAGACAAAUUGUUGAAUCGCAUAAUUUCAAUCGAAUCCUAGUAUAUUGUUCUGUACCGGAGUAUUUGUAUAAUGAGUCUGGUGAAGAUGAAGGCAUUUUUGCUUUCCUAGCUGAAGAAUUAGAAAGGCGGAUGGGCAAACCGAUGGCUAUGGCUGAGAUUAUUUUCUUGCCAAUGUUUCAUACAUACAUCUUUUCCGACUUCUUUAUAACACCUACAUUCAGUACAUUUUUCCCCUUGCUACCAACAGAUGCGAAACGAUUAAAUGAAUUCUAUAAUAGUCAGGGAGAUAAAAGGAAUAUCCAAAGUCUCUCUGAUAUUACUUUAACACUAUUGCCUCCUCCAUUACAGGAAAGAAUCAAGGUAUUUGCUGCACUUUUGGAUGGAAUGUUUGAUGAAAUGUCUAUAGCGGAAGAUUGCUACUGUGUCGGAGCUACUAGUCGCUUUGUUGCUACUGAGCUUGCUAAUUUACAAAGUCAAAGAAGCAAAAAAAAAAUUGCAAAACAAAAAGCAUCAAUUAUAUUAGUUGAUAGAACACUCGACGUUGCUACUAGCGUUAACCAUACAUGCGAGACGCUCGGUAAUAAAAUUUUUGGUCUUCUACCAACACUUCCUGGUCAUCAUAGUGACGUAGCAGUCGAAAUGAGCUGCUUAUGUGCUCAUGAUAGCUUUAAUGCUGUACCUGGAUGUUUAGCUCAUGUAGAUAGUCCAAUUGGAAAAACGCUUUUGCAAUCAUUUUUAACAAAACGUAGUAAAGAGUCCAUAAUGGAAGUCUCUCGCGCAUUAGUCAGCGCCAUUAGUGAUGAAAGAUUACCAUUAGAAAUUUCACCAAAAGCUGGGCAAAUUACAUCGGAAAAGUUACUGAAUCUUGUAAAACUAUUUAAGGAUAACUCAGUAGCAUAUUCUAAAUAUGCCGAUUUGCUUCAAUAUGCAAUUGCGGUUACAAAUGCGACUUCAAUAGAAAAAAAUAAAUCGUGGGAGAAAUUACUUGGAAUAGAAAAGAUGCUAGCUUUACGCCUGUCCGAUACCUCAGAUAGAUCGGAAGCAAUGUCUAUUUUAAAAGAUUUAGUUGAAUUAAAUGUGAAGAAGUUGAAGAGAGGCAUAUCGGUUGAGGAUAUCCUGCUAUUAAUUCUGUUCUCUUGCUCACUUGUCGGCGAAGAAUUUUGUUUGAAAUAUUCCGAACUGGAGUCUUUAGUUUUCAAAGUGGCUUUCGCAGACGAAAAUCCCCAUGAAAGUAUACAAUUAUUUGGAGAAGAUGUAUCAAUUGAAAGCUUUAAGAGUUAUAUGAAGACUUUUCACAAUAAUGUUCUAGGCCUAAGUGAAGCACGCAGCCAAUUGAGGCAGUUUAGAGACCUUCUAAAAGUUGGUGGCCAACAGAACUUAAACUAUCAGUCAAUAAAUAAGCAGAUAUUAAAUGCUAUAUUCGAUCCAAAGAAGGUUGAAUUGAUCGAUGUUGAAAAUAAGUCAUCCGGACUACGAGAUUUUAUCAAAAGUGGUUUUAGUUUAUUCAUGAACGUAAGCAAGCCUAGGCCAAAUGAUCAUCCCUUAUUGUUCUUAUUUGUCAUUGGUGGAAUAACAUGUGAUGAAUUAAAAAGUCUUAAUGAGCUGGUGACUUCUCAGUAUCCGAAUAUAAAGGUUAUCAUUGGUAGCACCAGAUUAUUGAAACCGGACGAUAUUUGCAUUCAAAUUUUAAAGGAAGAUAAUCUCUUUAUAUGA